AAAGAAGAGCAAGAUGUCUUCCCUGGACGUGGAUGAUUUCAUUCAGCAAAAUAGAGUUCUUGCCGACCAAGUAGAAAAGUUUCGAGGCUACUGGGAGAGUGACAAACACUGGAAACCGAGGAGGGAAUUCAUCCUGCGGAACAUAAACGACUAUGAGUUUCAGCAGCUCGACCAUCUGCUCUCUCUCUCCAUGGUCUGGGCCAACAAUGUCUUCAUGGGCUGUCGGUACAGCACAGAGCUCCUGGAGAAAGUGAAAGACAUGGCAGAGGGCGUCGUGGUGGAGGACGCACCUGUCUUCAAGACAAGAGACGAGAUCAUGAAACAGCAACAGGGUCGAUGAUGACCGGCUCGGGCUAAUCGUCUCUUCUGGUUUCCUCUGAUCAGUGACUGAAGACUGGAGGGACUCUAACCUACAGGCUGUGCUUGUAACAAAGCUGUUAACAUUUGUAUGGUUUAUUACUAUCCUACAUACUAUAUGAUGAGAGUGCAAACAGCAAAACCUUUUCUUUAAAAAAAAAUCAAAAGCAGGAUGAACAGUAUUUUUAGGUUUUUAUUUGUAUAACCAUCAUGUCACAAAAAGCUGUUGGCAGUGUGGCCAUUUCUACGCAUGAUUGUUUUGCAUUUUUUAAAAGUGUACUCAAUGUUUUUAGUGCUGUUUUUUAAUAAAUUCAGAUCAAAUAUGGCAAUGGAUCUUGUCUUAAUAUUUGAUGCAGAAUAAAGGACUUGUGUUUUCUUCCUGUGAGAUUUUCCUUAUUUCUUUUAAAAACAACAUUAAAAACAUUUCAUUGUAAUUCUGUGCCCUGUCACAUUUUCUGUGAGUGGAUAAACAAUGAAGGGCGUAACUGCUUCUGUUGCCACUGCUUCACAAUUCUCAGACAAACAGUAGCAGCUGUGGGGGGGAAAACUGGGCUACUGUUUCCAAAAAUGGAACAUGAGCACUUA